AAAACCUGCAAGGAGGAAAGUGGCAUCAGUGAUGAUGUGAGCUUCGACCAAAUUUCAUAAAGCUUGCAAAAGAUGCCUACACACCUGAUCUCAUUGCAGCAUCGGGAAAAUUGGAUAUGGCACUGUCAGUGAAGCCCUGGCAUUAAAGCUACCAUUUGUCUUUGUGCGCAGAGAUUAUUUCAAUGAAGAACCCUUUUGGAGAAAUAUGCUCGAGCUCUUCCACAUCGUUUUGAUACUAGUGAAAUAUGAUGUCUUGAACCAGUGUUACCAGUGUGGUGUGUUGAGAUGAUUAGGAGAGAUUUACUCACUGGUCACCGGUAACCUUAUCUUGAACGUGCAAUUAGUUUGAAACCAUGCUAUGAGGGAGGCAUUAAUGGAGGCGAGGUGGCAGCUCACAUUUUGCUGGAGAGAGCUUUUGGUAAAAACUAUGCUUCAGAUAAGUUCAGUGGAGCAAGGAGAUUACGAGAUGCCAAUGUCCUUGGUUAUCAAUCACAAAGGGUCCCAGGACGAGCUCUUUCCAGAUGCACUGAUUAUUUUGAGAUUCUACAUGGAGAUCUUCAAGGUCUUCCAGAUACAAAGAGUUUCUCAAAGAGGUUGGCAGAGCUAGAUACUGCACAUGACUCUGAGUAGAAGACUACUUGUAUGCUAGAUACUGCAUACAAGUUAACAUUUAACUUGGCCUAUGGCUGGUUUUUUUUUUUUCCUUUAGUACGAACAAGAACGGUCAU